AUGUUCCCGACGCUCCAGAUAUCUCUUCAGGGGUUGGACCCCCAGGCUCACUACAACGUGUUCGUGGACAUGGUGCUGGCGGAUCCCCACCACUGGAAGUUCCAAACGGGAAAAUGGGUCCCUUGCGGACAAGCCGAACAGCUACCAGCAAAUGGUCGCAUCUACAUGCAUCCCGAUUCCCCGAAUUCCGGCGCUCACUGGAUGAAGCAGGACAUAACCUUCAGUAAACUCAAGUUGACCAAUAACAAGAACUGUGACCAAGGAUUUAUUGUUUUGAAUUCAAUGCACAAGCAUCAGCCUCGAAUUCAUGUAAUUGAAGUCGGCUCGUGCUCCGGAAACACCCGAGAGUCAUCGGACCUCCAGACGCACUGUUUUCCAGAGACUCAAUUCAUAGCUGUGACAGCCUAUCAAAAUACAGACAUAACACAGCUGAAGAUAGACCACAAUCCGUUCGCCAAAGGAUUCCGCGACAGCUACGACCGUACAAGUGAGCGCGCGACUCCAUCCCCGCCCGUCGUGGAGAGCAGCUUCCACGCCCUCUUCAGUCGAAAUCCCAACGCAAGCCCGUCCUACGUGCCCACUUUGCCAGGUGGCGCUGCUCGGGGCAGACCACCAAUGGGAGUCCCUGGUUCAUUUAGCCCCGCCUUCAACGGACCCCCUGUAGACCAGGGGGCACUCCUAUACCACGGAAGGUACUCACGUGGCUCUUUGGAGCAAUCCUUUGACUACAGGGGUAAAGCUGCGGACUGCGAGGGUUCGGGGGAGUACAAUCAUAUGGCCAUGCCUACCAGUAACGGUUACCCUUACCAUCCCCAGUCCCGAGGGCCCGAAGGGGGUCCUGAAAGUGGAACCGGGUAUGGGGCAGACGACCAAGGAAGCAGCCCAGAGGGGACCGGUGACGAAAACGACGACGGAUAUACCCCACAGGCAAAAAGGAUGAAAUUGGAAGUGCUGCCGGCCGUGCUGCAACAGGAGAAACAUUCCCCAGAACAAAUUGUCCCGGACAGUGACGCUGAGCGACUGAGCGCCGGCAACGGUCGGGAAAACUCGUACGUCAGUAUGUAUAACAGGCAGAGCGACCCACACCCUUAUGGGUAUUAUUACCACGACACACUCGGUGGCAGCGGCGGGCAACAGGACCAGCAGUACGGGUAUAGUUUAUCCGGGAACUUUUAUCAGCCAAAUACGCAUGCGCAUUUACAGGGCAGUCACGAGGAGUUCCAGACGAUAUAAGGUGAAUGUGAGUGAUUUCACCAAAACAGAGUAUCGUUUAUGUAAUGCUUCGCCUUGUGAAGGGAAAUAAGUAGCCCAUAGUGUCUCUGUUCACGGAUUUGAACAGAAUAAACGUUAAAUUUAUCAGAAUUUAAGUAAAAUUUAUGAAGAAAGAAAGUGGACCAAGACGAAGAUAGCAAAAGCUUAUGAUAACUUUCAUUAGAUACGAUCAUGCCGUAUCAAAGAGCUUACAUUGUUUAAUGUCAGCUAAAAUAAUCAAUUUCAAGAAAAACCUUGCCUUUAAGACAUGGGAUAUUAACGUGACUUUUAAUGGCACUACACUACUUUGCACGUUUGUUAAAAGUGAUUGGGGAAGGCGACACGCGACGCCACAUUGAAUCUGAUACUUGGUGCUCGGUUGUUAUGGGUAUUGUCUUUUAAUUUGAUAUGUAUUUUAGGUUAAAGUGAACUUGAAGGCAGUGACAAAGGUAAUGGACUUUUUUUAACGCAUGGGACCGAUUUGAAAUUCAGUAUUUUUAUUUCAUUCUUUAAGGUACAAUUUGCAACAACAUUUAUAAGUCAAUUGGUAGUCUUUGGGAUUUACUCAUUUUUUUAGGACUAACACCCAGGGGUAAAAAUGAGUUUGAACUAUUUCGUUUGCUCAUGUCAUUUGAUAGGAACGAUACAAGGGGCGGACCGGCGUUCAGUGUUAAUUAAGCGUUGUAAAUGCCUUAAUUUUGUGUCUUAACGCCUGUAAACGUGAUAGAUGAUUUUAAUGAAUAAGUGCCACGCUUUUAUGUAACUUUUAAUUAGUUAUAACGGAUGUAGGAUUUCACGGUUUCUGUGGGACUGAUCACGUGUUCCCUUUGGAACCAUUCUGUCAAAUGUUUAUGGCUUACAAUACGCCUCAAACGUUUAUGUAGCAAUGGGUUAUUAUAGUAGAAAAUGUCCAGGGAAAUUCAAGUUUUUCUGAAUUGCCAAGGCACUGCCUAUCCACAACCGUUGAAAUGUUCCAUUUAUUAACCCAUUUUUAAAACACGAUACUUACAGCAUAUCCUCCCAAAAAAGUUUAUGAUCGUAAUUUUGUCAGCGCUUUUGGAUAUGCUGUACUUUGUUGAUUUAGGGCAAUCGGCAAGUCUGAACAUCGAAUUUAUAAUAUAAAGAUCUGACGAGCAUUUCUUGUCUAUCCAUCGAAAAAGCACAAUCGUAACGAUUAUAGAGUUCUGUUCAUGUGAUAUUGUAAUACAUACAUAUAUUGUUGUCCGAUUCUGUUUUUGCUGUGUUUUUGGCAUAUCUACGUCACCGGUUAAAGUAGUAAUGGUAUAGGUUAUCAAUGUUUAACACGUGCACAAGUUUAUGCAGUUGUUGGGACAAUCAGUAUUUUAACGUGGGUUGUCUAAAGCACCAUAUCCGCCUUUGGCAAGAGUCACCCUGUUCAAACAGGACGUCCUUCUGCAAAACAAGGAAGUAAAGCACGUGCAGAUGGCACAUGACUUAAUGAAGGACACGUGACUGUACCCUCCCCUAACAGUGCACUCAAACUUGUACGUUUGCACCAAGGUUUAAGGAUUCUGCUUGGCACGUACGAUUUGGGUGUUGUCCGCCACCAUGACCGUCGAUCAUCACAGAGCGCAUUUAGAACAGCGGACUAACUGAUCCGCGGAUCAAAUAUGGCCGACCGACUUGAAUGCUUGGUGCGUAAUCCCCGCGGAGAAUCUAUUCAGUGUCUACUCGGGAACUAAACGACAAGCUUUUUAGUGGACCUCCAUAUUUGAUCCGCGGAUC